AGCGGAGGUCGGGAAGGAGGAGAAGAAGAAGGAGAAGAAGAAGAAGAAGAAGAAGAAGAAGAAACGAAGCGUCGGCGUCCUCUUUUCUCUCAAACACGCAGGUGUCUGGGCGGAUUGACAGGUUGCAUGCAGCAUAUUUUGAAAGAUUCAGAGAGUGACAUUUUACACAGAAGAGGAGACCUGAAGUCCUGCAGAGACUGGGACCAGACCUGAAGUCCUGCAGAGACUGGGACUAGACCUGAAGUCCUGCAGGGACUGGGACCAGACCUGAAGUCCUGCAGAGACUGGGACCAGAGAGGGAAGCCUGGAAAAGGUCGAGACGCUCCAGGAACACCGACCCCCCGACCCCUCGCCCCCCCGGCUCCGACGCUCCACCGCGAUGAGCUCCUCGCCCCGCGGCGCCUCCAUCGACAUCCUGGAGGAGCUCCAGCUGAUCGCCGCUCAGAACCUGGAGAAGCUGGACAUCAACAAAUACUACGAGGUGGUCGGGGAGCUCGGGAAGGGAACCUACGGCAAGGUGGACCUGGUCGUCCACAAGAUCCGAGGCACAAAGAUGGCACUGAAGUUCCUGAGGAAGAAGAGCACGAAGUUGCGCAGCUUCCUGCGUGAGUACAGCGUGUCCCUGUACCUGUCGCCCUGCCCCUUCAUCAUCAACAUGUACGGCAUCGCCUUCGAGACGGACGAGUACUACGUCUUCGCUCAGGAGUACGCGCUGGCCGGGGAUCUGUUCGACAUCAUCCCGCCACAGGUGGGUUUACCUGAGCCGGUGGCGAAGCGCUGCGUCCACCAGGUGGCGCUCGCGCUGGACUACCUGCACUGCAAGAAGCUGGUCCACCGGGACAUCAAGCCCGAGAACAUCCUCCUGUUCGACAAGGAGUGCCGCCGCGUCAAGCUGUCCGACUUCGGCAUGACGCGGCGCGCCGGCUCCCCCGUGAAGCGCGUGAGCGGCACGAUCCCGUACACGGCGCCGGAGCUGUGCGACCCCGCGCGGCACGAGGGCUUCCGCGUGGACGACAGCACGGACGUGUGGGCGUUCGGCGUGCUGCUCUUCUGCAUGCUGACUGGCAACUUCCCGUGGGAGAAGGCCAUGCCCGACGACAACUUCUACGAGGAGUUUGUGCGCUGGCAGUGCCUCCGCCGCCGCGCCGCCGCCGCCGCCGUGCCGUCGCAGUGGCGCCGCUUCACCGACGAGGCGAUGCGCAUGUUCCGCAGGCUCCUCUGCGUGGAGCAGGAGCGCCGCUGCUCCGUCAAGGAGGUCUUCAGCUACUUCAACCUGUGCUGGAUGUUGGACACGGAGAACGGGAACGCGAGCGGCGGCGGCGCGGCGAACAGCGCGCCUCCCCUAGACAUCGCCUCCUCCGCCUCCUCUUCGUCAUCGGAGGACGACGCGUUAGCGGACAGGCUGAAGCGGCAGAGCCUGUCGCCCGCGGCGACGGCGAAGGGGAGCGUCGCGAUGGACACGCACUACUCCUCCGCCAACAGUUCGCCGGCCUCCACCGGCGGCUACGAGCGCGUCAACCGGGAGAACAAUGAGAGGGGGCGCCUCCUGGUGGCCACGCCCAUCGAGAUCUGCGUGUAGGCGGCGUGCGUUACGCGUGAGUGAGACCGAGGAGGAAAUAAAAAUCCCUCCAAAGAUGAAGAAGAAAUAUUAAAAAGAAGAAGAAGUGUUGCGCCUGAGCGUCGGGAUCGACCCCCGGUCACGCGCCUCGUGUUGAUCUCACUGGACAACAAUGUCCAGAACAAUGAAGCAAUAUGUUUAAAUGAUUGGAAAGUCCACCAAAUAACCGGGAAGGCUUUCGAAAGAGGUCGAGGGCAGCGUGGUGUUUGGUAGACAUGUUCCUGUAAAGUGUUUUUGUUUAUGUAGUUAAAUUAUUUAUUUCUAGCAGAUGCAUAUAUUUAUGAUUUGUUUUAUCACAAACCCACAUUGUUCUUUUAAUAUUUGUCAUGUUGUGAUUUCGAAUUAAAAAAAUUAAUAAACAGACUGUUAGUUCUAUGACUAAAAAAUUUCUUUUUCCCUUUUUGAUGCCUCAACCAAUCGGCUAUGAGCGUCUGGAAACGCCCCCUAGUGGUAUGAGUGUUAAUUGGCUCUUGUUUUACUCUUCUAGCCCCGCCCCCAUGAAACUACAGCACACCUGGACUUUACCUGCAUGGCUUCAGCCAAUUACCUUUUAGGGUAAGAGAUACUGAACAUUAAAAAAAAUAAAAAGUAAUAUCUUUCACUGAAAUCCUAGCAAAUAUGAUAUUUCUAUGAAGCAAAAUGUCAACGAUAAAUCAUAAUUUUUCUUCAGCUCAAAUGUAAAAAGUACAAAACCAAUCUGUCUACCACAGAAACAUAAAUUAUAUAUAUACAUACGCACACAUGAUGAAUAACACAUCUGCAUUAAGAGGAUAUUUGGAUAUUUGCCCAAAAAACAUUGUUCAAAACUUACAUAAAACAAGUAUAAACCCCGCCCAAAAAACAGCAUGAAUCUGAGUUUAUAAAAUCUAUUUUUCUAUUUCAAGAGAGACAGAGUUCAGUUUUACUGACUUAAAGAACCUGAAUUAUCUUUUUCAUUUUUCAAACAAUAAAAAACAAAACGCGUCCGUUCUUACAACCUUAAAUAAUUUAUUUAUAUAUAUACACAAGUAUAUAUGAAUAAUUAUAUUUAAUUAUAAUUACACAUGUAAAUAAAUAUAAUUAUAUAUAUAUAUAAUUAUAUAAAUAUAUAUAGGGGAAGGUAAAGCUGCAGAACGCGGUUUUAGCUCCACGUGGCUCAGAAAUACAUAUUUAUAUUAAAAGGAUCAAUUCAACAUAAUCACAAAAAAUAGUUUCCUGCAUUCAUCAGCCUAUAUGUUAUGUUUUUAUAAAUCUAUUUAAUAGUCUAAUAGUUUGUUUUGUUUACGACCAAUAAAUAAUAAUAAUAAAACUAGACGAAGCAAAUCUUUAACUGCAAGAAGCUGGAAUUCUUUUCAAUUAAAAUCACAAUUAAAAUAGUUUUCUUGGUGAUUUAGUUUAACUGGCCCUUUAAAAUAAACAAAACAAUCAGAGAACUUCCCCGACUCGACCACGGGACAUUGAACGCUGCCGUUUACGAGACAUUUCUGCUUUUUCUUUCACGUUUCAAUCAAAAAAUUCCCCCGGAAACAAAAAGUGCUUCAAAUAACUUGAAUGUCCAGUUCGUGGUCUUAAAACUUAAAUAAUAAGAGUAAAAAAUAACAACCGAUAAAGUGCCUAGUGGCCGGUGGCUGCAGCUUUAUGAACAUAUUUAUGUUACGGGUUUUUGUGAUGACUGAAAAGAAGAGAAGAGAAGAAAAAAGGGGAGUAGAGGACUCUUAUAAAAGAAUGAAUGAAGCUCAUUUAAACAUGUUCAACUAGAACGGGCACUCGGUAGAGUGCAUACCACAAGAUUGGGCAUUGAAUUAUUAACAUUUUGGCAUUAGUUUUAUGCCAAUUGGAUAAAAAUUGACCACGCUAUGGUAAAAAGAUUUUGACC